AUGAGUGCUGAAAUGAAACAUCCUAAAAUAAUUCCGAACAAAGGCCGUUUAGCCGAAUUAUUAAUAAAUGAAGCACAUGAGUUAACAUUUCACGGAGGGCCUCGACUUACCUUAACAACACUCAGACAACAAUACUGGAUAACUAGUGGAUACAAUGCAACCAAGAAACAGUUAAGGAAUUGUGUAACAUGUCGUAGAUAUGAUACAAAGAAGUUGUACCAGCUAAUGGGUGAUCUUCCUGCUGCUAGAGUCAACCAGGCUGCGCCAUUCUACCAUACUGGGGUAGAUUAUACUGGUUUCGUCGAUGUCAAGAUCAACAAAGGAAGAGGUGUGAAAACAACAAAAGUAUACAUCGUCGUAUACGUUUGCUUGGUUACGAAGGCGGUAUACUUGGACUUAGUCUCUGACUUAACGAGCUCAGCAUUCUUGGCUUCACUCAGAAGGAUGGCGGCCCGAAGGGGAGCACCGCGCCACUUAUACAGCGAUCAAGGCACGAACUUCGUUGGAGCCAACCGAAUGCUACAGGAAGAAUAUGAUACUUUAUGCCAAGUCUUUAGUGACAGUCUUUUGGCUGAAGUUGCAGAAAUGAACAUUGAAUGGCAUUUCAACGCACCCUCUUGGCCGAGUGCAGGAGGCCUGUGGGAACGAGCCGUGCAGAGCUUGAAGUGGCAUUUAAAAAGAGUCGUAGGAAAACAAAAGUUAACGUUUGAAGAGUAUUGCACUAUCUUAGCACAACUGGAGGCCUGUCUUAACUCUAGGCCAUUGUGUUCUUUAACAGAAAACAUAGAAGACUUGGAUUACCUGUCACCAGCACAUUUCUUAAAUGGAAGGGUGGAGGUAACCGUUAUAGAAACAAAAGAGGACGCUAGAACUAGAUGGCAUUUGACCAACAGCAUAUUCAAGCAGAUUUGGCAUAACUAG